GAGGAGAAGAAAAGAAAAAUAAAGAAGAGUGGAAUGGCGUCAUGGCUGCUGUCCGUUACUACCGUCUUAGAGCUAGUUAGCUAUUAUUCUACUACACCUAAACAAAACACAUACAUGUGCAGAUACCGCAAUGCUGCCACUGUUCGGAACCGCUGUGUAGAACUUUCAACAUUUUGGAAAAUGUGGGGCUAAAAGCUAGCUAGAAUAAAAUACAUUUAAAGCGACCUUCUGCUUCCGUCCAAGAUGGACCAGUGUUGGAAGAAGUGACGGGAUUUUGGUGCAAAGGAAGAAAAAUAUCUGUUGUUUUUUAGCUAAACUGUUAAACGUGGAGAGCUUUUGUGCGUCAACUGGUGACCGCCGUUGCUUCUGGAUACCAGUUCUAUUUGGAUGCUGGAAGAACUGUCAUCCAGACAUGACUGUGAGUUUAUAUUGCUUGGGAUGGAUCCCAUUAAGUCAGAGAUGGACAGACAUCCUGGUCUGAUGGCAGACUGGGAAAAUCCAGAGUCCUGUUCAGAAAAGAAGCAGAGGAAAAUUCCUUCAUGCACAGUGACGGACGAUCAUAGCGCAAGCGGUAACUGGUCUCAGACAUCCAUCUCCCAGUCCCUGCAGCGAGCUGAGAUUCUGUUCAAAAAUACCUUUAAUCCCAGUUUGAAAUGGCUGUUCCAUAUUCCGAGUCAAGAUGAAAAGGAGGAAAACCUUGUUGUGGUUGACAACCUUGUGUCCCAGUCCUCUGCACGUCUUCAGCAAGUGCAGCAGCAUCUUUUGACUGUGGUGCUCCAGUGGCAGCUGGUGGGUGGGGGGUUUAUAGGACCCCUCCCGGGGCAGUACAAAGCUCUGUGGAGGCUCUUUGAACAGCGAUCUCUGCUGCUCUUCAUACAUGAAUACACCAGAAGGGUCCACCUAACAGCAGCCUUCAUAACCAGAGUCAACUACCUGCUGCAACAUCAGCUCAAUAAGCUUCACUUAAUGCAUACUCAGGUUCUGCCCAGCUCACUUUCAUCCAGAAUUGGUCUGGUCUCUCUAAGUCAGGAGCUCCGACUUCAUCUGAACCACUGGCGUUUUCUCUACAGUCGAGUCCAUUCUGACCACUAUCUGAGAAAGGCACUUGGUCCACAGAGCAAAAUGCUGGAGGAAAUGAAACAGACCCUAGACUUGCUUGGUUUACAGCUUUUGGUCUUGAUGGAGCAAUAUGUAUAUUGCAUUCUGUCUGCAAUAGGAAAGACGGCAUCUGACUCUGUACCCAGAGAUGUUCUGGAGGACAUUUUAUCAGGUACAGACCUGUAUAAUCAGGUAGUGAAGGAGCAUAAAAAUAAAAUGAAUGCUUCCCAGCCAAGGAUGUUGGUUUUACAGGAGGCACAUGAAUCAAAAUUCUUUACCAGUCUUCCAAAGAUUACAAGAUAUCAUGCUUCUGCAGUGUCGGUCAAAAGUCUGAUAAGUGUUUUGGCUGUCCAUCAUGCAGAAAUGCUUGCCAGGCAACUGGACCUUUGGAUAUCUGAGGAGAGCUGUCAUGUUUGUAAGAUUCAUUCCAGUCACAAAUCAUGCUCUGAUAACUUCAUUAGUCAAGUGUCUGCAUGCAGCUGUGGCUCUCCCAAGUUGACCUGGGAACAAUUGUGGCAAACGUACCUGACUUCAUCUCCUCUCCUGUUCAAUAAUCAACCCUUUGCACAGAUAUUGUCUCUGCAAACGUACAAUGAACCCUGCCGUACUCAUACCUCUAAUCACCAUUUGCACAGUUUUGCUUUAGGGAAUCAACUCCCUGUUUUGGUGAAACUGUCAACGUUCCAAUAUAAAAAAGAGAGCUUAGUAAAUAAAACCAGCCAGUAUCAAACAUGCAGAACUCAGUGUGGUCUCACUCAGCUCAGUGCAGAGGGAGCUAAGUCUAACCUAGAAAGAAAAGGAAGUUUUGACAACUGUGACCCUCCUUCAUCCCCUGCAACCUUCUCCCAUCAUGUUUCAACCCUGUCUCCAUAUCAGUUAGACCAUUCUUCUGUUGAACCAUUUUUCCAAGUGCUUGUGACCUCCCCCGAUCUCCUGGCUCCCCAGGCAUUUCAAAGGCCAACAACAAAAGAACCAACUGAUCAGCUCGUCCCUGUUGCAGUACCGGGUGUCGCUGAUUGGAAGGAUGGAUCAGUUGGUUUAGAUCCUGCAGCUCAUUCAGAGAAACUCAGUAAGCAGACUGUGAACGUGACCAACAUUCAAGAAGUGGAAGUAACUAAACCGGAUUGGACUGAACUGAAAAUAGCAAUGGGGGCAGCUGCUACUGUGAGCUCUGGUGUUCUGAAGGAUGAGAACCUCAGGAAAGAACCCAAUGUUGGAACCAGGGCAACUACAGCAGAGCCAGACCCUGUUGACGGGCCUCACUCUGUGCAGUGGAUGGAUAUGGGCCGAUUACGGCUCCUUGCUGAUCCACUUGAACGGUAUCAAUUUCAGCUGUUGAGUUUCUGCACAAGUGCCCUGAGUCUAAAACUACACGUAGCAUCAUCAGGAACCACUGCACGCAGCAUCAACCUUCAAGAUGACCACAGGAGCUUCCAAAUCCUGCACAGUGUCAAUCAUGCUUUAGAGACGGGUCUGUUUCCAAAGGAGUUCAGAACCAUACUGGAGCACUUUAGGCUGUAUUUGUUUGUCCAAGCAGCACAUGCUCACUGGGACUCUGUGGUGUGCAAUGGUUUGGGUUCAGCACUAAAGGAUAAAUGUCUCAGAAGUGAGAGCAACAGCUUUGCAGCAGCAUCUUCAAUCCAGGAGGGAAGUCUAAUGAUGUCACAGACGAUGGAACACUUACUCCAGCUCCUCUCACCCCUGCUGUCGUCUCUGUGGUGUUGUCAGUCAAACAGCUCAGUGUCCGAAUGUUUUGGCCUCCUUCUGCCCAGUGGUGUACUGCAGAGACGGACUCUUGGUUUGCUGUUAGCUUCAGUCCAAAUCUCUACAGUCUGGGUCAUGUCAAAAGCAUACCAGUUCCUUUCCUCAUGGAGUCCAAAUAAGUUCCUGCUCAUCACACAGGGAGAUUUCAGAAUGCUGAUGGAGUCUGUGCAUAAGACAAUUCAUCAGACAAAGUCCCUACUAAUGAAUUUAGACUCUGACCAUCAUUCCACUCUGCAGAACCACAAUCAGCAUCUACUGAGGCACCAACUUGAAGCUCUUGAUGGGGCUGCAUGUGAACUGCAGGCCUUCUUUUCUCUAGUCUUGAACAACUUUUCUAUCGAUUGCAAGCGGAUGUCAGGGGAGAUCAUUGAACGCACCAUGCCCUCUGCAGUACACUGGAGAUUGAGCCAGAGGACAGGUUUUCCCAGCAGUCCCAGUGAAUAUGCAUCUUUGGCAGCUCAAAAUGUGAUUGGCCAGGUUCUAGAGGCUGUUGCUCCAUUGUCAGAAGAUGCUCGUGUUGAAGCACUAAGUGUCACGAUGACAGCUUUCAUGGAGGCAUGGAUGGAACACAUCUUGAGGCAAAAGAUCAAAUUUAGUGUGCAGGGGGCGCUGCAGCUAAAGGAAGAUUUUGGCUAUAUCAGAGAGAUGAUUAAGUCUGACAAGUAUGGUCUGUCAGCUGAACUUCACCAUAGACUCCUCAGCCUAAGGUAUCACCAUCCCUGCGUUUUUCAGCAGGUAGAUUCAGCACUGCUGUGUUUGCUGCAGCAGCCACAGGCGAAACCAUACCUGCAGCGCAGAGCCUGGGGACCCUUCACACGCUGCUGUCCAGUUAAAGGCAGCAGAGACAGCGUGGUUGCUGCUGUGAGCAGUAAUAUAACCAACCUGGGCUGUGUGGAAGGUGCAGAGCCAACUCAGUCUGAUCUGUCAGUUGCGACCUCUGUCCUCUCCCCAGUGGACACAUCCACACCUGCAGAGCCUUACCUUGCUUCAAGUACAGCAGUAGGUUCUGCACACCAGGAAUGGUUGGACCUCCGGAUCCACAGCACUACUCGUCGCUGGAGGCUGCCAGGUCUACAGUGUCUAAGACAGAACCAUGAACAGACCUCAGUCUGGCUGUAGAGAUGGAGAUAUAAAGUGAUGCACUCACAAUGCCUGUGAGAAGCACCACUCAAGCCCUGGGCCAUCAUACAAUCAUCUUGGGCUAUAGUCACUGCUCACUGCAUCUGUAUGGCCGGCCUAGGAGAAUCAUGCACACAUGUUGCUGCUAUGCCGUUUAAGUUGGAGGUAGAUGUCAGGUGCAGAGAGACAGUGACUUCUGUUUGGAAUUACACAAAGAAGAGAUGGGUCUGAAGCCAGAACACCCCUACUACAAACAGAUGCAAACUCAAGAUUUUUGUCACAGAGAUUGAAUGUUGUGACUUUGUUCAAUGGACAAAAAAAGACUUUGUGCGUGUUGCUCGAGACCUGGAUCCUUGGGCAACUAUCCUUGAGAAAGCGAAGCAAUUUGUUGAAUGUGUGAGUCUUCCUAAACUUGUAAGCUGCUAUUUCACAAAGGUGGUAAACAAGCCAACACUAAAUGGAAUUCCCCUUCAGCCUGUAACAACAAAAGAUGCCAGAAAUCAGACACAGCAUCACUGAAAAGAUUUAAGCGAAAAAGUGUAGAAAAAUGUUGCCGUAUUUCUUAGUGUCCACAGAGUGAAGAUGACAUGGUUGCCUGUAACAAGGAAAACUGUAAAACUGUUUGGUUCCAUUUAAGUUGUGUGGGUCUGCAGCUUCCACCUGCAUAAGAAGAGAUGUGGUUUUGUUCAUCAUGCACCACUAAAAUGUAAUGUACGUUAGUUGGCUUAAUAAAGAUGGAUCUAAUGGACUAAUAA